CUCACUGUUGAGCUUCCGUUCUGCCGACUUAAACGUCCCGUACUGAUUGCUUUUAGGUUAUGGAUUCGCUAUCGUCUAGAUAGCGUGGAGGGAGAUACAGGACUAAAUAUGAGAAGUAUUUCGCAGCUUCGGAUGACCCUGAUAAGAGCCGGUAAAACAAGAAAUUCCAACCAUAUGAGAAAAUAUAACCAGCUGCGAGCACGCAAUAAUUAUUGUGUUCCUCCAGCUCAUUCAAGGAGUCAUGGCAUGCUGAAUCUUGGGACGUAGAUUGAGAAGGGUCGAGCUCCCUCUCGCGCAUUAUAAAAGUGUUCAGAAAUCCUCGAUCACUUAGAAUAUUUUUGUAAUGAGGCACAAGAACAUUGCACUCACUACUCUCAAUACUCCUAAGUUAUCAAGUCUGAUAGAUAUUCACUUAUACUUCCAAUACCCAUAACUUAUCAAGUCUGAGAAAUCAUCAUACUCUCAUCAUGGAUUCACUCGCUGAGGAGAUAUGCCUUGAAAUCGCCCAGCACUUAAGCUACGAGGACCCGCAAGCCGUCCUCGAUCUUCGCCUAGUCAACAGGAAGUGGUGUCGUGUCGCUACUCCAUGCGUCGGUAUCUGCGUCCCUAGAUACGAUGAUCCUCUCCCUGGUCUUUUUAACCCACUGACCAAACUGACCUUGGGACUCGGAGAGAGACCCGAACUCGCUGGAUUCAUCAGGGAAGUAGUCCUUAAGAAGCAGUAUAUCCUGUGGGGCCACGUCCCUCUAGCAACCAACUCCCCGGAUCAGCAUUUCCUUCACAAUUCCCUCUCCGCACUUAAUCAAGCAUCAACUAUCCCUAAGGAACUUCAAGAAAACAUCGUUUCGAGAUUGUUGCCUACUGACGCGGAUGAGGCGCACCUCGCAUUUAUCCUUGCGAUGUGCCCCAAGCUCGAGCACAUCCGCAUCCCCUACAUGUCGGGGGACUGCACCUCGCGAAUUCGUCGAGUCAUCCGCUGUGCUCGCGAACAACUCUUGCUUCAAGCAAGUCGUCCCUAUCCUCUAAUCACCCCUCCUACACUCCUUUGUCAUCUAAGGACACUCCACCUUGAGUCCUACACCCAUGGCUUCUCCGUUGCAAACGCCCUCGACAUGCUCACGCUGCCCAAGCUCGAACACCUUACUCUCGGUAACUUGGGCGAUGAGCCAAUCAUCACAGACGAAGCCGAGGAAAAUGCGCUCCCAGCCAUAACCCCCCUCCCCAAACCAGCCCUAGGCCACUACUCAACCAACCCCAUCGACCUCUCUUUCCCGUCCUGCCACCUAAGCCCCGCCGGUCUAAUGACAAUCCUGAACGCGUGCGCACACCUGCAAACCCUCUACAUCAAACUCCGCACACGCAACAACACGCAGCAAGCGCCCACCUUCGCACAACCCAUCCUCUACAACGGGCAAACCCUACACUUCCUGCACCUAGACACGACCUCCUUCCCCUCCGGCCUAUCCCAAGACCCCAACGACACCACCCACGAAACCUCCCACCACCUCCUCUCCGUCAUCUCCGAGAUGCAAUCUCUAGCCUCCCUAAUCAUCUCCCGUCGCGACUUCGAUGAAAUCUCGGACCUCGAGUCCAACAUCCCCGAGUCGUUAAAGGAGAUUUUAAUUAUCGAGACGUAUCAAAACGCGGACGAAGUAGAGCAAUUCCGCCGUUUAGUCCGCGGUCCACGAACGCGGGGUUUGAUGCGCGUGGCUUGUCUCCCGCAUACGCUGAAUUGUAUGGAGGGCUGGAAGGACUUGUCGGAGAUUUGCAUGAUGCUCCGACAGGUCCCGCCUCGAUGGAUGUUGGAGGAGUUUGGGUGUGUUGUCUACGAGGCGUGAUGCCUACCUACCUAGACAAGGUAGUGGAUGGAUGGGAGGGUGGGAGAAGGAAGCGAGUAGGCCGGUAAUGUCGGGGGAACGAAGUGUUACCGAGGCGUACUGAAUUGCCUUGAUUUGAUUUGCGAUGUUUUUCUAAGGGACAAGUCGCUCAUGUAGCUUGAUAGUCCAUUGUUCGGUAUUAGCGUUGUGUUCUCAGUUAGCGCAGGUUAGAAAAAAAAGUAGUGAUAGGGAUAACUAUUCCAAUCACUCGAAAUGAUAAAACACUUAAAAAUUUUGGAAUCGAAAUGUCUUAUAUUCGUUCCAUUGCAGACUGAGUCUGAUUGUGAAUGCUUUAUAAAAC